AAUCAGAGUUUCUUCUUCUUUAAUCGGCAAAAAGGAAAGAACAAACAUUGAGAAGUUACCGUUAAACAAUCUCCAGAAACACGCUCUUCGUCUUCUUCUUUAGACUCGUCUCUUCCCAACACCAAGAAAACUACUUCACUUCUUACAAAGUUAAAACCCUAUGGCGACUCUUCAACAGAUGAUCUUCCCAGACGAGAACGCUCCGAUUCAUCGCAAAAAGUCUGUUACUACUGCUGCUUCUGUGAAAUCCAAAAGAACUGCACUUGGUCAGAAGAAACUUGGUGGAGCUCGUAAGGCUCUGAAUGAUAUUACAAACAAGUCUGGGAUUCCUGCUAAAGCUUCCUCAAAGAAUAAGCCAAUCCCUUCUGCUGCGAAAGAUGAAAUUGACAUAGCUGGGGAAGGAUUCUUACACGAUCACAGCAAAUGCAUCAAAGAGCAGCAAAAUAUGUGGGAUGACCACUUCUCUGAUGAUCUCAUUUUACUUCACCAUGAUUCAAGCGUCAAGGAGAAGCAUCUCAGCUUUGACAUGGAAAAGAUAGAUGCUCAGAACAAUCUGACUCACGACGAACCAGAAGAGAUUGCAUCUCCUAAGCUGACUGAUUGGCUGAAGAGCUCAACUCCAUGGCGCUCCCCAAUCCGACAUGGCUCUGUGAUUUCAUCCACUCCUCUGACUUGGCGGUUCGAUUCAACUGAGUUCACACUCACAGAAGACUCUGACCUCUUCUGAGCUCCUGUUUCUUAUAAAUGUUUUUCAAAUUUCAUCCUUCAGAUGAAGUAGUAGUAGUAGCGACUAUCUUUUGUUCAGCUUUUCAUAAACUACUCUGUGUCUAUCACUUUGUAACUGGUUUCAGGAAUUAAAGUUGGAAUCUUUUCAAGCA